UUAGCCAUUUAUUAUUCUUUCAACGAUCUCGGCCGCCUCCUCUUCCCCUUCCCGUUCCCGUUCCGUUGCUGUUUGAUCCUUCGCACUAGGUUGCUGCGACCUUCCGAAUUCCAAUUCGCGGCUGAGAGCUUCGAUCCCGUGCGCUCAUGGAGGAGCCCUCCGGCGGCGAAGACGCCGCCUCGCUGGCGCCGGGGCCGCGCCGGCAGGCCCAUGGGGAGGGGAGGUCGCCGCGGCAGCCGGAGGCCUUCGAGGACGCAAUGGAAGAGGCGGCGACAGCCUCCGCGUCGCCGGUGGCGUGCGGCGAGGGCGAUGGCGAGACCGACGCGGAGGCUUCGCCGUCUUCGUCGACGUCAGUGUGGAGAUCGCAGGGCGACGGGCCCGCGGGUGUAGGGGAAGCGGAAACGUACGAAUCGCCGUUGGCUUCAUCAUCGGGGCGUGCGGCGAUGGAGGGUGGUGAGUCUACGUCGGUUUCUGAAUCGCGAGAGGAGCCGGGGAGGGUGAGUACGGUAAGCGCCCCGUCUCCCUCGGAACCACCCGCGAGAGGAGCGGAGGAGCAUGAGAGCCCGAUGGCCAUGCCGGGGGCAGGAUCGCCGUUGAGGGAGGAGACGGAGUCGAGUGUGCACUCGGCGCCAUCGUCCCCGGCACGCUCAGCGACGUCGACGUCGUCUUCCCCGUUGUUGCAGAUCAAGCAGCAGGUCCGGCAUGUGCGAACCAGCAGCUUCCAGCGGUUCAGGCAGCAGAUGCAGCGGGCUUGGAAGUGGGGGCCAAUUGGAGGCGGAGGAGGUGGAGAGAGGAGCCCGAGGGAGCAGUUGCUGCGGACGACUAUGAACAUUGAAGCCAUGACGAAUCAGAAGCGGCAGUGGUAUCAAAUCCACUCCAAGGCGCAGGUACAGAGCUCACCUUUUUGCACAAUAGUAGGGAUGAUAAAUGACCAGUGCCAAUAUAAGGAACCAGCAUCUCUCUUUGAACAUUUUUUUGUAGUUGGUCUCCACUCUUAUGCAAAUGUUGGAGUAAUUGAGGAUGCUUUUGCAAAAAAGAAAGCAUGGGAAUCUAAUGUAUCACGUUCAGACAUUGUAGAUCUUAGAAAAAUCGAGUAUCAUGGACCUAUACCAUCUAUGGAACCCCAGAUUCUUUUCAAGUAUCCACCUGGAAAGAGAGCGGAAGUCAGGGAAACUGAUUUACCCUCUUUCUGUUUUCCUGAAGGUGUAAAGGCUCGUUUAAUAGAGAGGACUCCAUCCAUGAGUGACCUGAAUGAAGUGAUAUUUGGGCAGGAACAUUUGUCUCGAGAUGAUCUGUCUUUUAUCUUCUCCCUUAAGGUAUCAGACAAUGCACCACUAUAUGGUGUCUGUCUGCAUGUCCAGGAAAUAGUUCAAAAGGCACCAGGUAUACUAGGAGCGGUCUCACCCCUAAACCCCACUUCCUAUAAGCCAAGUCGUUUCUUGGUUUCUGCACCACGUUGUUACUGUUUACUCACAAAGGUUCCCUUUUUUGAGCUACACUAUGAGAUGUUAAACAGCAUAAUUGCACAGGAGAGGCUUGACAGGAUAACACAGUUUGCUAGUGAAGUUGCUCUAGCUGAGCCAGUUCCUCGUUCUGUGAAAGAACAAGAUGGAGUAAAAGGGGAUUUUGAUUCCUCAAAUGGGAUUCCAUACAUUGACUGGACAGAAUAUGCUGUACCUGUCAAUAGCAUAUCAGGUCUCAUUUCUUCAACUGGUGUUUCAUCAGAAAGGGAGGUGUCUUCAUAUUUGUUCAGGAGCUGGGGGGCUAAUUCUCCGGAAAGUAUAUCUGCUAGUGAGAUUUCUGAUUCUAGUUAUGUAAGAGAAGUUGAUAAGGAGGGAAGGCAUAGUUUCCAGCAAUAUGAAGAGUGUCUAUCGGAGAACUUGGAAUCCCGUUCUGAUAGCUUUGGGAGAGCAAGUUACAUAUAUGAUAAUGGGCAUACUUCCCCAGAUCUUCUGUCCAUGCACUCUCCUAUCUCUAGAAGAUUAGAGCGUGCACAAAGCAUGGAGUCUUUUUUAGACAGUUCAGUCAAAGGUGUUGGGUCAGACGAAGAAGAUGAAGUGAAUGUGAAACAUGAAAUGAUUGUUGAUGAUGAAAAAGUUAUAGGAUGGGCUAAGGUCAAUGCACGUAUGGCGGCUGCAGAAGAAGCUCUUGCGUUAUCGAUAUGGACUACAGCUACAGUUUGUCGUGCUUUAUCUCUGGAAAGUGUGCUAGGGUUAUUUGCUGGAGUUCUGCUGGAGAAGCAAAUUGUGGUAAUAUGCCCAAAUCUGGGUGUCUUGUCAGCAAUUGUCUUAUCAAUUAUACCAAUGAUAAGGCCAUUCCAGUGGCAAAGUUUGUUGCUUCCUGUUCUACCAGGGAAAUUGAUUGAUUUUCUUGAUGCACCUGUGCCUUUCAUUGUCAAAGCAUGUCCGUUGCCUCAACUUCCACGUUACAAGGAGCUUGUUUCUGAUCUCAGUCCAAUUCAUUCUAGACUAUCCUGUGAGAAUGCUUUGGCUAAGAGACAUGCCAUCUAUAAAUGCAAUGAAGUUCAGGCUGAAGCAGCUUGGCAGUUCUUAAAUGUGAUGAGGUCCUACUUGGAAUCAUUUUGCUCUGACUUGCGCUUUCAUACCAUAACAAAUGUACAGUCCAACAAUGACAGGGUUUCUUUGCUUCUGAAAGACAGUUUCAUUGAUUCUUUCCCCUCAAAGGAUCGCCCAUUUGUAAAGCACUACGGCGGCAGCCCCGAGGCCCGCACCAACCGCCGCUCCGCGCUCGACAUCUUCUACGGCCUCAUGCUCGCCGAGGCGCUGCUCUUCCUCGUCGAGAAGGCGCUGUGGCAGUGGAGGCUGGGCCACGGCCGCUUGCUCCAGCGCGUCGCCGAGGAGUGCCACCUCGCCGCCACCGCAGGCGGCGAGGCCGCCGUCCGCCGCUUCUUCUACGACUCCUACUCGCGCUGCCUCAGCGGCAGCAUCUUCGACGGCCUGCACAUGGACCUCGUGUCCUACGCCGACGACCUGCUCGUCGCGGGCACGCACGACGAGCAGUGCCUCGGCGCCAGCGUCCUCGUCGCGCUCGUCGAGUCCGACCGCUUCGCCGACGCCACGCUCCGGAGGAUCGGCACGUCCGCGCCCACCAUCGAGCGCCUCAUCGAGAUGCUCAGCUGGAAGAACGCCUCGGAGAAGUACGUGCGCCGCUCCGCCGCCGCCGUCGUGUUCAUGCUCACCGGGGGGAAGCUCAACGCGCUCCGCGUCACCGGCAUCCCCGGCGCGAUCGAGUCCGUGGCCUCCUUACUCUACGCCGACCUCGACGAGCUCAACCUGCUCGGGCUGUCCAUCCUCAACAAGCUGGCGCGCGAGCACGACAUCUGCGACAAGAUCGGCAAGACCAGGGGCCUUCUCGACAAGAUCAUCUCCUACUCGAGCAUAGCGAACGAUGAGCAAGAGGCGGCCAUGCGCCUCAAGGCGGUGAAGCAGUCGCUCCGCGUCGUGAAGAGGCUGGCGACCACGACGGGGACCACCGGAAAGCUGCUUCGGAGGGAGCUCUGCGACAUUGUGUUCACGGUGAGCAACAUCAGGGAGGUGCUGCAGCAGCGCCAUGACAAGGACCUGUCGGAGCUGCGUCUGCUGGCGAUCGAGAUACUGACGAGCCUCGCCAUGGACGACGAAUCGAGGGAGAUGAUCGGCGAGACGGGGGGUGUGAUCAGCGUGCUCCUGGCGAUGUUCUUGCCGGCGGGGAAGGCCGUUGCGGCGCCCGACCGGCACAAGGACGCGGUCCGGGUGGAGGCCGGCGAGGCUCUAGCGAUGCUGGCGCUCGACAGCCGGGCUAACUGCAGCGCCAUCAUCAUCGCGUGCGGCUGCGGGGUGGGGCGGCUCAUCGAGGCGCUGUGUGAUCCCGUCAUCACCAUCGGCGCCGCAAGGAUCCUGCGCAACCUGUGCACCUACGCCGGGGAAGAGUGGCAGCUUGCACUGAGAGGAGUCACCGCCGGCGCCAUCAAGGUUCUGCGCAACAUCAUGGUGGAGAAGACGAAGCUCCUCAACAUCUCCCUCGGCCUGGCGGCGCAGAUGGUCCGGUUGAUGCAGCCCGGGGAGCUCCGCGCGGGCCUCGCCACGGCGGGCGUCACGGACGAGGCGCUGGCGCGGACGCUGGUGCUGGUCCUGCGGGAGUACAGCCGCCCGUCCAUGGUCGCGCCGCGCAUCCGGCUGUACACGCUCGAGCUCGCCAUCGCGCUGAUGCGGUCGCCGGAGGGGCCGCGGUUCGCGGCGCACUUCGUGGAGCUAGGGAUGGAGCGCGAGCUGAGGCGCGUCGCGGAGACCACCUCCGGCCUCGAGUGCUUCAACGUCUUCUCCGGCAGCGUCGGGCUCAGCCGCCGCGCCGUCGGCGUCCGCUCGCUCGUCGACUCCGCCAGGGAGCUCAUGAGGCGGGGCUGA